AUGGGAGACGCGACUGUGGCUUCUAGCCAGAAUGGCAGCAAUGGCACCAGCGCCAAUGGCAAGAAGCACAUAUUGAUCAAUGCAUUUGAUAUGUACACCGUGGGCCAUUUGUCGCCUGGGCAGUGGAAGAACCCCAAAGACAAAUCGGCUACAAAGAACAACCUCGAGUACUGGAUUGACCUGGCAAAACUGCUGGAGCGAGGUGGAAUCAAUGCUAUUUUCCUGGCAGACACCACCGGUGGUCAUGAGACAUACGAGGGCAAGUUGGACAACUGCAUGCGGAGAGCCGCUCAAUGGCCAGUGGGAGAUCCUACAAUUCCUAUCUCUGCGAUGGCAGCCGUUACCCAAAACCUGGCGUUUGGCAUCACAGCCUCCACCUCAUUCGAGGCACCGUUCCUAAUGGCCAAGCGCUGGUCGACGUUGGACCAUCUCACCAAUGGUCGAAUGGGCUGGAAUAUCGUCACCUCGUACAAGAAGUCGGCGUUCCAGGCCAUUGGACUAAACACUCCGAUCGAACAUGAUGAACGGUAUCUCCAGGCGGAUGAAUACUUGCGAGUUCUCUACAAGCUCUGGGAAGGCUCGUGGGCCGACGAUGCGGUCUCUCCAAACCCCGAAGCAGACUCAUAUAUCAACCCGGACAAAGUGCGCGAGAUCAACCAUAAGGGCAAAUACUUUUCGCUGAAGACGCGACACAUCGUCGAUCCGUCUCCCCAGCGGACGCCAUUUUUGUUCCAAGCUGGGACAUCACCCGCCGGGUCAGCAUUCGCCUCAACGCACGCAGAAGCAAUCUUCGUCACUUCGCACUCGCCAGAGGUGCUGCGACCCAAGAUUGCGAAUAUCCGCAAACAGGCCGCCGAAGCAGGCCGCGAUCCGCAGUCGAUCAAGUUCUUUGGCACAUUCACACCAAUCAUAGGACGAACGGAUGAAGAGGCAUGGGCCAAAUAUGAGGAACUGAAGAAACACGCUUCCGUGAUCGGAGGACUGGUACUCUUCAGCGGCUGGACGGGUAUCGAUAUCUCGAAGAUCCCGCUGGACGAAGAGAUCACUCCCGCACACUCGCUCGAGGCUGGCAAGGUGACUAGUAUCCUGGACUCGCUGACGAAGACGAGCAAGGACAUACCGAAGUGGACGCCGCGCGUCGUGGCGGAGAAGGCUGCCAUCGGUGGACUGGGGACUGUGGCUAUUGGGAGCCCUACCACGGUGGCGGAUGAAAUGGAGCGCUGGAUCCGUGAGGCUGACCUUGAUGGAUUCAAUAUUGGCCAUGUCAGUAAUCCUGGCACCUUUGAAGAUCUAAUUGAUCUGGUUCUUCCGGAGUUGAGGAAGCGUGGGUUGUACCCUGAGCAGUCGGCUAGUGAGCCGUUGACUGCUCGUGAGAAGGUGUAUGGGAAAGGUCAGAAAGGGCUUCGGGAUGAUCAUCCUGGGAGUCGGUACAAGUAUGAUGUGUACCAGGAGGAGGAGCCGUAUGUUGAGGGUAACUAA